AUGGCAGCUACGGAAGCUGCAAAACAAGCAAUAUGGUUGAAGGAGUUAAUGGCCGAGAUCAUGAACAAAGAAGACAAGAAGGUCGUGUUGAAAAUUGACAACAAGUCAGCAAUUGCUCUCACCAAGAACCCGGUGUUUCACGGUAGAAGCAAACACAUACUCGCGAAGUACCAUUUCAUUCGAGAAUGUGUGGAGUUCAACUUUAUCGAAGUGAAGCACGUACCUGGAGUGGAGCAGAAGGCAGACAUACUCACUAAACCAUUGGCAAGGAUCAAGUUCGAAGCAAUGCACAAUUUUCUCCUAUCGAACACAAGGAGGAUACACGCGACCAACAACGAGUUCCAGAGAUACGGUCCGAAGGUUUUCAUGGAAAUCAAGAUUCUCGAAAACGACAACCUUUACGUCCGUGUCGACAUGCCCGGUGUUCCUGACGACGGGGUCCACCACAAAGUCGACUCCAUGAGACAAAAGGUUGUCUAUUUCUCCGGUGAAGAAACUCUCGGCAGCGACGGCGAUAAGGUUGACGACGACGUUCGUGAGUACUCCGGGACAGCCGGUUUAGGGUGUAACUGCUGCGAGAUAACCGGGGUGGAUGCGAAGAUGAAAGAUGGAGUCUUGAGGAUGAUUGUGUCUAGGGUCAAAGUCAAAGACCAUGACAACAAGUGUACUCUCUUUCUCCCUCCCAACACAGGUUCGAACCCCUCCUCUCUCUCUCAAAAGUAAAAAAGAUCACACCUUUUGGAGU